AUGGCUCUCGAAUCAAGCAGAAAUCAAGAAGUAAGUGACACUGCAAGCAUUGUCGAAGAAAAAGUUUCAAAAGUGGACGGAGAUAUCGAAAUAAGAAGGUACAAUAAAGGCCGAUUUCUCGGAGGAAGCGGCUUUGCAAAAUAUUAUGAGUUUACAAAUUUGGAAAACCUAAAAGUAGCAACAGCCAAAAUUAUCCCAAAAGCAUCAUUAGUUAAAGCAAGAGCGAAUGAAUGAUUAUUGUCAGAAAUUGAAAUCCACCGCUCCUUGCACCAUCCAAAUAUAGUAAGUUUUGAACAUUUCUUCGAAGACAAUGAAAAUGUUUACAUUUUAUUUGAGCUCUGUAUAAAUCAAACGAUGAACGAACUUCUGAGACGUAGAAAAAGACUUACAGAGCUAGAAGUUCAAUGCUAUUUGAUGCAAAUUAUAUCAGGAAUGAAAUAUCUACACAGUCACCGAGUUAUCCAUAGAGGCUUGAAAUUAGGCAAUUUUUUCCUGUCUGAAAAAAUGGAGGUAAAAAUUGGGGAUUUUGGUACGGCGACCAAGCUGGAUCAUGAUGGGGAAAGGAAAAAGACGAUCUGUGGGACACCAAAUUAUAUUGCACCAGAAAUUUUGGAUGGGAAGCAAGGGUAUUCUUAUGAAGUUGACAUCUGGAGCUUAGGGAUUGUGGCUUAUACACUUUUGGUAGGAAAGCCUCCAUUUGAAACUUCUGAUGUAAAAAACACUUAUAGAAGAAUCCGCAUGAAUGAUUAUUCAUUUCCUGACCAUGUGCCGCUUAGCGAGCAAAGCAAAAGUCUUAUUACGAGGAUACUGGUUAAUGACCCUUCGAAACGGCCGUCAAUUGAUGAGAUGCUGGAUCAUGAGUUUUUCCAUCAAGGAAAUUCUAUACCUAAGCUGCUUCCUCCGUCUACGCUGGCGUGUCCACCAUCUUCAUCAUUUCUUAGACAAUUUCAACCAGGUGCUACAAAUCCUCAGGUUUAUUCAACCGAGAGGCUAACAGAAACUGCACCAAAUAUUUUAGAGCAGUCUUCAUUGGUAAGCACUGAAAGAAUUUCUAGUGCAAAAGAAGAAACUAAUUCCCCUCCCCUUAAUUUAGCUUAUAAAAUUUAUGUCUUAAAACCGAAUAGAAUUAGCUAGAUAUUUUAUUAUAUUAAUUAUCGCUUAUAUAUCAAAAGAAAUUUUGUUUUGUCACAGAGGUGGGCUUUUGGGGAAAAAAAUGGGGAUUUUUUCCAAUGGUUUUGUUAGCUCAUGGAGCGGAGAGUAAGCAGCUUCCGAUGAUAGCGAAUUCUUCACAAGGGAUGGCAAACGCUCCUGAAGUUUUGGUUAAAAAGUGGGUAGAUUAUUCUUCAGAGUACGGACUAGGCUAUUUGCUAAGUAAUGGCUCAGCUGGUAUAUUAUUCAAUGACACCACUAAAGUAAUUUUAGGGCCAGAUGGACAUCUUUUUAAUUAUAUCGAAAGAAAAAUGCCUGAAAAGCAAUAUAUGGUAGCAAAUCAUACGUUAACUGAGUAUCCUAAAGAGCUUCAGGAAAAGGUCACUCUAUUGCAGCAUUUUAUAGAUCAUAUAAGUUAUUUAGAGCGAGACAUAAAAGAAGAAACAGGGGUUGAGGAUGAGAAUACAAUGGCGAACCCAGUCUACGUCAAAAAAUGGAUGAGGACUAAUCAUGCGAUUAUGUUCAGACUGUCAAAUAAAAUUAUCCAGGUCAAUUUCCAGGAUCAUACUGAAAUUAUACUAACUCCCCUCUCCUAAAGUGAACCAAAAAAUUUUGUUCACUCACGGAGGGGGUUAAUUUUGUUUUAAAAACAUUUAUAUAUAAAUUUUAUAGAAAAUUUUUUUUUCGAAAUUUAAAAAAAUCCUAAUUUGCAAAAUUGGGAGGCAAAUAUUAAUUAUAAUUUAUAAAAUUUAUGUUUUUUAAAAAGCAAUUUGUGUUUAAAAUUAACCAGAUUUAGCUUUAGAUUUCAUUAUACUAAUUAUCACUUACAUAUCAAAAUUUUUUCCAUAAAAAAAUUGUUCUAUUAAAAAAAUCUUUGUUCGCUCACGGAGGGUCGAUUUUUGGGCAAGAAAUAGCGAUUUUUCUAAUGGUUUUGUUCACUCACGAAGGGGGGAGUAAGUAACAAAACAAGAAUUGUUACCUAUGUUAAUCAAAAUGGAGAAAGAACUACUUAUCCAUUAGACAUAGCCCAAGAAAGCACAAAUCAUGAGAUGACUAAAAGACUGAAAUACACCAAUGAUAUUCUGACUCAUAUGUUGAACGCUCCCAAUAAGCCAGAUGAAGAGCCAUCACUUGAUUAA